GGCCCGCGCGCGUUUGCCUCCCGGCGCUGGCCAUGGCUGCAAUGUCCCUCUUAUCCACUUUGGCCACCCGGCUGCUCCGGCCGGCGCAGAGCUGCCGCCUCCACCAUCGCCCCUUCCACCUCUCGGCAGUUCGAAAUGAAGCUGUUGUCAUUUCGGGAAGGAAACUUGCUGAGCAGAUCAAGCAGGAAGUGCGGCAGGAGGUGGAAGAGUGGGUGGCGUCAGGCCACAGACGGCCGCACCUGAGCGUCGUCCUGGUUGGUGAGAAUCCUGCAAGUCACUCCUAUGUCCUCAACAAAACCAGAGCAGCUGCCGAUGUGGGAAUCAACAGUGAGACAAUUGUGAAACCAGCUUCAAUUUCAGAGGAAGAACUGUUGAAUUUAAUCAAUAAACUAAAUAAUGAUGAUAACGUAGAUGGCCUCCUUGUUCAGCUGCCUCUUCCAGAGCACAUUGAUGAGAGAAAGAUCUGCAAUGCUGUUUCUCCAGACAAAGAUGUUGAUGGCUUUCAUGUAAUUAACGUAGGGCGAAUGUGUUUGGACCAGAAUUCCAUGUUACCAGCUACUCCAUGGGGUGUGUGGGAAAUAAUUAAGCGAACUGGUAUUCCAACCCUGGGGAAGAACGUGCUUGUGGCUGGAAGGUCAAAAAACGUUGGAAUGCCCAUUGCAGUGCUGCUGCACACGGAUGGGGCGCACGAACGUCCCGGAGGUGAUGCCACUGUCACAAUAUCUCAUCGAUAUACUCCCAAGGAGCAGCUGAAGAAACAUACGGCUCUUGCAGAUAUUGUGGUCUCCGCUGCAGGCAUUCCAAAUCUGAUCACAGCAGAUAUGAUUAAGGAAGGAGCAGCUGUCAUUGAUGUGGGAAUAAACAGAAUUCAAGAUCCCAUAACUGCUAAACCCAAGUUGGUUGGAGAUGUGGAUUUUGAAGGAGUCAGGAAGAAAGCCGGUUACAUCACUCCAGUCCCUGGGGGUGUUGGUCCCAUGACAGUGGCAAUGCUAAUGAAGAAUACCAUUAUUGCUGCAAAAAAAGUGCUGAGCCUUGAAGAGCGGGAAGUACUGAAGUCUAAGGAGCUUGGAGUAGCAAGAUGUUGUCAAUCCAGGCCAGAUCAUGCUGGGAGAAGAUGAGGUCCAGAAGCCUUCGAACGAUGAUGAGGCCCAGGAUCUGUGGUGAGAGUUCAGAGAAAACCAUGGGCUCAAGACCCCGAACUUGGGCACAAUUCAUUUUCUCCCUCAGUCAGCUAUGUUCAGGGACUUUUUCUGGUAUCUUUGGAACAUUCUCAAAGCUCCCCCAAACCAUUGUUCACCUCCCACCCAUCUUGGUUCCUCUCAUCCAGCCUCUCCUCAGUUGAGUGGCGAUGCCUACCAGUGACCCAGAUGCACAGAGCCUGUGACAGCUGUGGGGGGGGGAGCCAGAUGGGGCCCGUGGGUGGAGAACUACAGUUAUUCUUUAAAUUAGUGGUUCUCAGACUUGAGCUUAGAUCAAAUCACCUGGCAGGCUGUUAAUACCCACACUGCUAGGUGCUGGGUGAGUUUCUGACUCAGAAAGUCUGGGGUGGGGCCUGAGAUUUGCAUCUCUAACAAGAUUGCCCGGAGAUGUUGAUGCCGCUGAUUCAGGGAUUACACUUUGAGACCAACUGUCCCCGUGCCCCCAUUUCUGAGAGCUGCCAAUCUCUCUGCUAACAAACUGAAUAAAGUAUACUGGCAUAUCUAGAAUUUUUAAAGGAAAGUCUAGAAAGUUUGGUUCUGUUCAGGAUAAACAAAGGCAAAACACGUGCUCUUUGGAGAAGAUUAAACACUGACUUUUAAUAGAUGCAAUGGGUCCAAGUAGCUAGUUAUGAAUAUUGUCCUUUCACCACCAAGAACU